UGACUUUAUGAACUCACUUGUUUAAAAAAAAUUGUGCAGGCUAAUGAUAUGACAUCAGUGGUAUUUCUGUAAGCGUACCAAAGUAUUUUAGUACAUGUUGGUUGAUGAAAUAGUGUAAACUUUAGAUUUCCUGAUUCCUUGAAAACUUCAUUAUAGGCAGUCAUGUGGUGGGCCGGCUGCUUGGUUUGUCUCACGUUGUUCUGGCCAGUGGAGUGUGUCAAGAACUACAGCUCAGCUUUGGGCAAGUCAAUCUUAUUUUAUAACGCCCAGAGGUCAGGACAACUUCCAGGUAACAACCCGAUCUCAUGGCGAAGUCAUUCAGCGCUGGACGACUGUGUGCUCGGAGGGUGGUAUGACGGGUCUGACCACCUCAAGUUCGGACUGCCCAUGGCAGCGGCCACGCAUCUUCUGUUGUGGUCAGUGUACAAAUACAAGGAUGCUUACAUAAGUGCUGGUCAGCUAACUCAGAUGUAUGAUAUGGUCAAAUGGCCGCUGGACUACUUCACCAGAGCCUGGAACUCUAGCAAGCAGGAGUUCAUCUAUCAGGUCGCCGAUGAAGACAUUGACAGAGCUUACUGGGGCCGCCCUGAAGACAUGACCAUGUACAGACCUUGCAAGGCAGCCAAUGCCUCCCAUCCAGGCAGCGAUGUGGCAGGUGCUACUGUUGCUGCUCUGGCUGCGGGCUACUUAGUGUUCCACGACAAAGGAGAUGUCGCCUACAGCAACCAAUUAUUGAGCAAAGCCAAGACAUUGUACAAAUUUGCUACUGAUUACAGAGGCGCGUACCAGACCAACUCUUACCCAUCAGUUAGUUAUCUGGACGAACUCUGUGUUGCUGCGGUCUGGCUUUACAGAGCCACUGGAACUGCCCAGUACUUGACGGACGCAAACUCUUUUGCGAGCAACGAUUUUGACUGGGCGCUGACCUCUGACAACCAAGAACUAUCCUGUCAGCAGUUACUGUAUGAAGAGACUAAAAGCUUCUCUCACAGACAAGCCAUCACGAACUACUUCAAGGCCUGGUUUCCUGGAGGCUCGAUGCAGUACACGCCGUGUGGUCUGGUCUGGGCCAUGAAGUGGGGACCCUUGGGGCUUGCUGCCAACUCUGCUUUUCUGGCUCUACUUGCAGCCGACGCUGGUAUAGAAGUUGACAGCUACAGGAAGUGGGCGGUGGAACAGAUCAACUACAUCCUAGGAGACAACCACCACAACGGCGGCUGCUACAGUUUUGAGGUGGGCUACGGCGACAGGUACCCUCUACAGCCGCACCACAGGGGCGCUUCCUGUCCGAACAAACCCGCCCCUUGUGGUCAAAACGAGGCCGGCAGCGCUGAACCUAACCCGCAGGUUUUAACGGGGGCCAUUGUUGGGGGCCCAGACGAAUAUGACCAGUACGUGGAUAGCAGACCAGACUGGAUCUACAACAGGGUGGAGAUAGACUACAACUCUGGCUUUCAAGGCGCCCUGGCUGCCAUCAUACAUCUCCAAUCACUUCAUCUAUUCCCAACUACGAAUAAUAAAUGCCCUUGUCUAAGUGAAUAGCUUAAUAAAAGUUUUAGCUUAAAAACAGA